UCUUUGCUCUCAUGUCACUCACAGUCCCCCCAUGGCUCAGGGCCAAAGACCAGGCACUCUCUCUGUUCUUCUCAAAGGUAGUCACAGAUGCAAAGGAGGAUGAUCAAACCUUACAACUCCGCAACGUCCUAUCUGGACUGGGCUUAAGCAAACAGGACAGCUACCUAGGCCGUACAAGGGGAGGUGGGAUAAGUGCCGCUACUGGUGUAGGGAGCCUGACCAGUGGUGGUUGCGGAGCUUGGGUGGACCUAGCCAAAGGUCCUGGAGUGGGGGAAGGAGGUGUAGUUGGUGAGGAUGGAGGUGGUUGGGGGUGUGGAGCCUCGACGUAGACUGUAAGUCAUAGGAGAGGCUCAGGAAGUAUAGAGAGGUGUUCAGAGAGGUGAGACAGAGAAGAGAAACAGAGUUGAGUGAAACAGAGGUGAAGGAAACAGAGUUGAGGGAAACAGAUAAAGAGGAAAUGUAUGACAGGUGAGAUGUGUCAGGCCCUGUUAGCAAGUACAAGUAAACUGUACUAACAGGGACCAAGCCAGGUUGGAAGAGUUUCCAGAUAAGAUUUGACAAUAACACGCUGGGGAGCUCUGAGGGGAGUC